AUGGUAAUAGAUUCAACAAAAACAACACCAGAGACGAAGAAACGUGAACGUUCUUACACUGGAGGGCCAGGAAAGGAUUUUUUUGCAGACAAAAAUUAUUCAACUGCCUGUCGCUUAUGGGAAAAAUACUCUGUUCAAGAGCCAAAUGAUAAAGAAAGUUUUCAGAAAGCCUUUGUCAAUCAUGUAUCAACAACACUUGCUAGAUCCAUAUACAAUGUUGAUGAUUUUAGUGCUUAUCAAGCAACUGCUCACACCGUUCGAGAUACAUUGAUUAAGCGUUGGAAUUUUACUCAACAGGAACAUACUGAAGUUGAUCCUAAGCGCGUUUACUAUUUAUCAAUGGAAUUCUUGUUGGGUCGAUCAUUGGACAAUGCUCUUCUUAAUUUAAAUAUGAAAGAUGGAAUAAAAGAAUUAGGAUUUAGUAUGGAGGAUGUCCUUGAUCAAGAAGUUGAUGCUGCACUUGGUAAUGGAGGUUUAGGUCGUCUUGCUGCCUGUUAUAUGGAUUCUUUAGCUACUUUAAAUAUUCCUGCUUGGGGAUAUGGCCUUCGUUACACUUAUGGUAUUUUUCAACAAAGAUUGAAUGAUGGAUAUCAAGUAGAAUUUCCUGAUUAUUGGUUAAACUUUGAUAAUCCUUGGGAGUUACCACGUCUUGAUGUUGUAGUUGAUGUUAAAUUUGGCGGAUCAGUUAAUAAAUAUAUUGAUAAAAAAGGUCAUACUAGAUAUUCCUGGGAAAGUGCUGACACUGUAGAAGCUGUUGCUUAUGAUGUCCCCAUCCCAGGAUACGAUACAAAUAAUUGUAAUAAUAUUCGAUUAUGGAGUAGUAAACCUAAACGUCAAUUUAAUCUUAAAAGUUUCAAUGAGGGAGAAUAUGAGGAAGCUGUGUAUGAACAGAAACAAGCUGAAAAUAUAACUGCAGUAUUAUAUCCUAAUGAUAAUCAUAUGGUUGGAAAAGAAUUACGUCUUAAGCAACAAUAUUUUUGGGUUGCUGCAAGUCUUUAUGACAUUGUUCGUCGGUUUAGAAAAUCCAAUAAACCAUGGAACACUCAUCCAGCUUUAGCAAUUAUUGAACUUCAAAGGAUUUUAGUUGAUAUUGAAGAACUUGGUUGGGAUGAAGCAUGGGAUAUUGUUACCAAAACAUUUGCUUUUACAAACCACACUAUACUUCCUGAAGCUAUGGAGAAAUGGCAAGUUCCUAUGGUUUCACGAAUUUUACCAAGACAUAUGCAAAUUAUAUUUGAUAUAAAUCUUUUCUUUUUACAAGAAGUUGAAAGAAGAUUUCCAAAAGAACGAGAUCUUCUAGCCAAGUUAUCAAUUAUUGAAGAAGCAUCCCCACAAUUUGUCAGAAUGGCACAUCUUGCUAUUGUCGGCUCACAUCGUGUUAACGGAGUCGCUGAACUUCAUUCAAGAUUGAUCAAGGAAACGGUAAAAUCUAUUCAUUAUAAUAAUCAUUUUGUAAAAUUUUAUGGUUCGGACAAAUUUGAAAACAAAACCAAUGGUAUUACCCCUCGCAGAUGGUUGCAUCAAGCAAAUCCUAGAUUAAGUGAUUUGAUAACAAAAACAUUGCAAACCAAAGAAUGGUUAAAGAAUUUAUACUUAUUAAAAAAUUUAGAAAAAUAUGCCGAUGAUUUAGAUUUCAGGAAACAAUGGAGAAAUAUCAAAAUAAAUCCAAAUGCCUUAUUUGAUGUUCAAGUAAAAAGAAUUCAUGAAUAUAAAAGACAAUUUAUGAAUAUUUUGGGUGUUAUACAUCGUUAUACUGCUUUAAAAAAAAUGAGUGCUGAUGAAAUUUCAAAUGUAAUCCCUCGUGUUGUUAUAUUCGGUGGUAAAGCUGCUCCAGGAUAUCAUAUUGCUAAAUUAGUAAUAAAAUUGAUAAACAAUGUUGCAGAAGUUGUUAAUAAUGAUAUAAGUAUUCAUGAUUCUUUGAAAGUUGUAUUUAUACCAGAUUAUAAUGUGUCAGUUGCAGAAAUUAUUAUUCCAGCUUCAGACAUUUCACAACAUAUUUCAACAGCUGGUACAGAAGCUUCUGGUACAAGUAAUAUGAAAUUUGUGUUGAAUGGUGGUUUGAUUCUUGGAACAGUAGAUGGUGCCAAUAUUGAAAUUCAUCAAGAAAUUUCAGGUGAAAAUAUUUUCAGUUUUGGAAAUUUGGCUGAUGCUGUUAGUGACUUAAGACAUGCUCAUAGAUAUCGAAACAUUGAGAUGGAUCCAAAAUUAAAAAGUGUUAUAACAAUUAUUGAAUCCGGACAAUUUGGUGAUCCAAGAAUAUUUGCUCCGCUGAUCAGUACAUUAACAAUUGGCAAAGAUUAUUACUUAAUUUCUGAUGAUUUUGAAUCAUAUCUUCGAGCACAACAAAUGGUUGAUGAUUCUUAUAAAGAUCAAGAGGAAUGGACGAAGAAAAGUAUUCUUUGUACUGCUCGUAUGGGCAAAUUUUCUUCUGAUCGUUCUAUUCAAGAAUAUGCAGAUAGUAUUUGGCAUGUUAAACCAGUGAAAGUUUAA